AUGCUCGUUUCUAUUCGCGGAUUGCGAGGAGGAGAUGCGCCCGCCGCGAACUUUGUCCGUCUCGUUCGACAUCGAGCUACCACCCACCAUCGAUCAUGGCGUUGUUCGGGAUCGGCUUCGGGUCUUGUCCGGUGGAACUCGACUGCCAAUGCUCCAGUAGCUGACCAAAAACAAAAUCUCUCCAUCCCCUGUGAGCCUCGUUUCAACGACAUCAAGGUCCAGGGACUGAGCACCAGCCUCUACAACCAGCUGUUUCCCAACGGAGACACCGCCCCGCCCACCCCCGAGCUCAUCAAGCUUGCGCAAGACCACCUCACCCGCCACAAUCUUCUCGGCAAAAACACCGACAAAACCCCCCCGGUCGCCUUCAAGCUACCUCCCCUCGCCGGCCAGACCCUCGAUGAGCAUUUCCACAAGCUAGGCGUCGACGCGGCGGAGCCCUUCUUAGGGCUCGCAAAACAGUUCGUCAAGUCGGUCCUGCCACCAAAGCCGAGGUCAUGGGUACGUCGGAGCGGAUGGACCAAGUACUACCCAGACGGCCGCACCGAACAGGUCGACGCGCCGGAGGGGAACAUGCUCGCCUUCGACACCGAGGUCAUGUGGAACGUAAACAAAUUUGCAGUCAUGGCCUGCGCAGGCACACCCGAGGCGUGGUAUGCAUGGCUAUCGCCGUGGUUGUUGGGAGAGACCGAGAACCAACACCAACUGGUGCCGCUGGGGGACCCGGCGAAAGAGAGGGUAAUCGUGGGGCAUAAUGUAGGAUACGAUCGAGCUAGGAUAUUGGAGGAAUACGACCUGCAGCAGACGCGGAAUUCUUUUCUCGACACCAUGUCCUUGCACGUCGCUGUCAAUGGCAUGUGCUCGCAACAGCGGCCCACCUGGAUGAAACACAAGAAGAACCGGGAGUUACGGGACAAGAUCGUCAAGGAGACCGACAGCGUCGACCUGGUCGAUCUGCUGAACAACAAAGCUUUUUCAGCCGAGGAGGAGGAGUUGUGGGUGGAGCGGAGCUCUAUAAACUCACUACGCGAUGUCGCUAAAUUCCAUCUCGAUGUGACCAUCGACAAGGAGCUCCGGAAUUCGUUUGGCGGGCUCGACCGGGACGAAGUGGUGGAAAGACUAGAUGAGCUCCUGACCUAUUGCGCGGCAGAUGUCGCCAUCACACAUCGUGUCUACCAAGUCGUCUUCCCCAAUUUCCUCCGCGUAUGCCCGCAUCCCGUCAGCUUUGCCGCCCUCCGCCACCUUUCGUCCGUGAUCUUGCCCGUCAACAAGUCAUGGGACGCCUACAUCAAAAAUGCGGAGGCGACCUAUCACAACCUCUCUAACGGUGUGCAAGAACGCCUAGAACUUCUAGCAGGGAAGGCUCUGGAAAUCAAGGACGACCCCGACAAGUGGAGCAACGAUCCCUGGAUGAAACAGCUGGACUGGUCGGGGCAGGAGAUCAAGAUGGUCAAUGGAAAGAAGAAGGGCGACCCGCCUCGGCCGGCCGCGAGACAAAAGCUGCCGGGCAAGCCCAAGUGGUACAAGGGGUUGUUUGCGACAAGUACCGCCCCAAUGAACCUCACUGUCCGCACCAGGAUAACGCCGCUGCUCCUCAGGUUAGCGUGGGAUGGGUAUCCGCUCUUCUGGUCCGACAAGCACGGUUGGACAUUCAGGGUACCCCGAGGCGACGCUAAGAAGUACACGGACAAACUGAUGGAGCCCUGCGACUUCGCAGAGGAAACUAUCGAGGCCUUGAAAGAAGAUAAAGACCAUGUCUACUUCAAGCUGCCGCACAAGGACGGUCCUACGGCCCGGUGUGCCACCCCCUUGGCCAAGUCGUACCUUUCCUACUUUGAGAAGGGAACGCUGUCGUCAGAGUAUUCCUACGCGAAGGAGGCGCUCGAAAUGAACGCCUCCUGCUCGUACUGGAUAAGCGCGCGGGAGAGGAUCAAGUCCCAAUUAGUAGUGUACCAGGACCAAUUACCAUCCACUGCUGGCAAGUCCGCCCAAACCAGCGAGGAAUCAACAAGCGGCGAACCGGUCGGCGGCUUCAUUCUGCCCCAGAUCAUCCCCAUGGGCACCAUCACCCGCCGCGCUGUCGAAAAUACGUGGCUGACGGCCUCCAACGCCAAGAAGAAUCGUGUUGGUUCGGAGCUGAAGGCUAUGGUCAGGGCUCCUCCGGGCUAUGUCUUUGUCGGCGCCGACGUGGACUCGGAGGAACUCUGGAUCGCUUCCGUGAUAGGCGAUUCCACCUUCAGAAUCCACGGCGGCAACGCCAUCGGCUUCAUGACACUCGAAGGCACCAAGGCCGCCGGGACCGACCUUCACAGCCGGACCGCGUCCAUUCUCGGUAUCACCCGGAACGACGCCAAGAUCUUCAACUACGGUCGCAUCUACGGCGCCGGCCUGAAGUUCGCUGCCCAGCUCCUCCGCCAGUUUAACCCCAGCCUCAGCGAGACAGAGACUUUGCAGAUCGCCACCAAGCUCUACGCCACCACCAAGGGCACCAAGACCAACCGUAGGGUCCUCCACAAGCGCACUUUCUGGCGCGGCGGCACCGAGUCGUUUGUCUUCAACAAGCUCGAGGAGUUCGCCGAGCAAGAGCACCCGCGCACUCCCGUGCUCGGCGCGGGCAUUACUGAGGCGCUCAACAGCCGCUUCAUCCGCAAGGGUGGCUACCUCACGUCGCGCAUCAACUGGGCAAUCCAGUCGAGCGGUGUCGACUACCUGCACCUCCUGGUCGUCGCCAUGGACUACACUCACCCGGCGCUAUCAACCUGGCACGCCCGCCUCCGCCAUAACCCGUCCACGACGAAAUCCGCUACCUGCAUUGACAUUACGGACCUCCUGGCCAAGGGCGACCUAGCCCGCCUCGCCCAAGACAUGACCGCCGACCUGAAACUCGACGCUAUCCCCUACACCCCGCGCGUCCCCAUCAUGCAGCAACUGCGCGCCGCCGAGUCCGCCGCCGCCGACCCGGCCGCCGAGGCCCGCUUCAUCCGCGCGCAGAUCUGCAACAAUGAGGACGAGCUGCGCAACAUCGUCCGCGAGACCAACAAACCCCAGUACGCGAAGCCGCCGUCCGCAAAACCCAAGAAGCCCCCCGUCUACCGCGCUUCGGCCCACCUCAUGCCCUUCCACGCCGGCCACCAGGUGUCGGUUACGGAGGCGCUGAGCGCCACCCCAGGCCGCUUCCGGUCGGGAGGACUGCCGGUGCCGGGGAAGUGGCCAGGGGCAAGUCGUGGGAAGCUGGGGAGUCGCGUUUGA